CUACGAAGAAACACUAUAAAGCUGAAGGAGAUGAGAGACAAAAGACAAGACACACCAGAGAGGACAAAAGGCGAGAGAAGACACAAGACCAGAGACGAGAUUUGAGACAAACUACAGAGAAACAGUAUGAAACUGACGAGGGACAGAAAAGGACACGUCUCCAAGGUGAAGUUCAAAAGUUUCUAGGAACAAAAGAAAGAAAAAUCAGCAUCAACUCAAACCUGGAGACAUUUAGAUGAAGAGGACACAGCAGGAGACACUGGAGACAAGUGUCCUCUGACGUCAGCUCCUCUCUGAUGACUGAUAUCGGCUCGUUUUACUUCUUCGUCUAAAGUCGUUUAGAUUCAUUUUUAUUUAGGAACUAGAAACGGUUCAGCAGCAUCGAUCACUUUAAACCGUCUCAAGGCCCCAAAUGAAGACGUGGGAGCCUCGUGUCCUGAGUGGGAGUGGGAGUGGAGCGGCGUCAUGUGGAGACUCCUCCGAGUCCUGCGCGUAAAAAAGCGCGUCGGUAGCAUCUCGUCAGUUCGUCCUCGUCUCCGUCAGCGAGCGGAGCGUCUCCAGAGCCCGACACCAAACCGCGUUCAUCUCCUCUCUACGCGGAGGCUUUUCCUUUCUGUCCGUGUCUCUGCGUGUCUGUGGCUCUAAACUGUCCGUCAGAUGUUUCAGGAUCUCAUGUCUGUAUCUAAAACCUCCAGAGCUUCCAGAGCUUCCAGCGCGGACUUUCUGCCUCCGUGCGCGGCUCAUCCUGCGGCGCAGACCCGGACACUUUCCCUUAAAACUGGCCUCCUGCUCCUCGACGAAAAUACACUUCAAAACUAAAAAAGUUGCUGUAAUGGAGCGUCGCUGCUGAUGUGAACAACUCUUGAGGUAAACAUGGCAUCGAUUUGACUGAAACCAUCCUCCACUUCCUCCAUGAUCGACCAGAGAAUCACCGUCGCACUUUCCUUCGUUCUUUAAUAAAACUCCGUGGACCAUGGACGCCCCCUGCCUCAGGGAGCUCGGCGGACUCCCCAACAAGAACAUCAGCCUCAUCUCCGGCGCUCGACCCUGCAACCGAAGCACCGUCCGGUCCUCGUACACCCCUCAGGGCACCGCCGCCUUGGCCAUCGGCAUCACCUUCAUGAUGAUCGUCACCAUUGUCGGGAACAUCCUGGUCAUCAUCGCCGUCCUGACGUCUCGGUCCCUGAGAGGAGCCCACAACCUGUUCUUGGUGUCGCUGGCCGCCGCCGACAUCUUGGUCGCCACGCUGGUCAUUCCCUUCUCGCUGGCCAACGAGCUGCAGGGCUACUGGGCGUUCAGCUCCAUCUGGUGUGAGAUCUACCUGGCGCUGGACGUCCUCUUCUGCACCUCCUCCAUCGUGCACCUGUGCGCCAUAGCGCUGGACCGGUACCUGUCCAUCUCCCGGCCCUUGUCCUACGGGGCCAAGCGCACGCCCCUGCGCAUCAAGGCGGCCAUUAUCGUAGUCUGGUUGAUCUCGGCCAUCAUCUCGUUCCCUCCUCUUCUCACUCUGGACAAGAGCGCAGGAGGCGAAGAGGAGUGCGAGCUGAACGACGAGCGCUGGUACAUCCUCUACUCCACCAUCGGCUCUUUCUUCGCCCCCUGUGUGAUAAUGAUCCUCGUCUACGUGAGGAUUUAUCAGAUCGCCAAGAAGCACACCCGCUGCCCGCCCGGACAGAAGCACAAAGCGGCAGGAGAAGGAGACACGAGCGCGACGACUCCUGGCAAACCUGCCGCGACCUGCCAACCUGAGCAACAAGGAGGUGCAACUUCCAGCCGGUGGGAAAAGGUCCUCAACAAAAAAACCACCAAAGCAUCGCUUCAAAAACAGCCCCCUUCGCCGCCGCACUGUGACGACCAAAACCUCUCAGCCGUUCCCCAGAAACAUCCCAACAACAGAGUGGCAGCGCUUCCCGACACCACCUCCAGCUUCGGCUCCGACCUGGAAACCGCCGAGGAACGGGUUCCAGCAGAGGGCGACGACCAGAACGAGGAGAAUUCCGACGAGGCCACGGUGGGUCCGUCCCAAAGCGAAGGGCUCCAGAUGGAGGCGGUGAAUCUGGCCGGCAGGUGCAAGAACACCAUGGCAACGCCGUCCGGCACCAAACUGGCACCGGAGGAGCAGCCCAAGACUCAGGGGACGCCCAUGUCCCGGCGCAAGGCUCUGGUGAACCGGGAGAAGAGGUUCACCGUCGUGUUGGCGGUGGUGAUGGGCGUGUUCGUGGUCUGCUGGUUCCCGUUCUUCUUCUCCUACUCGCUCCAGGCCGUGUGCCCCGAGACCUGCGACAUCCCCAAGCCCCUGUUCAAGUUCUUCUUUUGGAUCGGCUACUGCAACUCCUGCCUCAACCCGGUCAUAUACACCAUCUUCAACAAGGACUUCCGCAAGGCCUUCAAGAGGAUACUGUCCAGAGACACGAAGGGUACGUUCUUCUAGGGAGGAGGCUGUGAUCGCGUCCUGGACGAUAAGGCCUCUGAUGAUUUCCGUCUUAAUGCACUGUCUGUGUUUGACUUCGCUUCCUGCGCCACUGACAUGAACGCUUGUACAUUUGAAGGGAGGAAACUGCGUCCGUCUUCCUCCCGGUGCUUCUGAACGGACGCCGUCGGCCGAGGCAGAGAGGGAGGUUUCCAGAAAGCCGCAGUCAAGUGGCCGAAUCAAUUAUCUUUAAUGUCGUUUUAAGCAUACGCUGUAAUCGUAUAGCCGCUGACUCUGAGGGAGAAUGAUUGCGCUUGGAGGCGGAAGUCAGAUGGAUGCGAGGUCUGUGUUCAGUAAUCUGUAGUAGAGACAGGACUCGGAUGGGUGGAUGGUGUGUGUUUGUGUGUUGAAUGCACGGGAGUAGAGGAGUCGCCCGAGGGUCGUGACUGGAAGAAAACAAAUAUCACUAAGUGUCCUUUAUUGGAGAUAAAAUGGACACUGAAGGAACACGAGAUCAGGGGAAAUGUGAGCGUCCUCGUCUCUGAGCCUCUUUCCUUUACUUAUUUAUUUCCUCCGUACGAAUCUGAGGCGUCAGCAUUAUGAUGGAUAAUAUUGGGGGUUUUGUUCCUCUGUGUAUUCCCUGGUCUCCGUGGAAAACCUCACCCUGGGAACGGCUCAUUACGGUAACAGCCGAGGGCUUUAACAGGGAGAAACUAGAGCAGGAACAUUCAAAAUCAGCAACGGUUGCAUGAAAGAAACUCAGCGUGUGAAAGCGAUACAUGGACGAGCUGAGACGUCCACGUCCCCCGUCUCUGCCUUUAAUCUUUCCUUCCCUUUAAUGUUGUUUUUUUCUGCUCUAAACAAAGAAUGAAGCAGCGAGUUUGUGUUAAGGUCUCGGCUCUAGACGUGUUUUCAAUUAAAUCCAAUCCUUUUAAGAACCUUUAAAUCACGGCAGAGGAUUCAGCGGACGGACAAACAGGUGUGAGCCUCCAGAUAUUUAUCACACUGAUGUACAUAAGUUUUAUAAUUGACAUUUUUGUCAGGAUUUUAUAUUUGCAUACAACAGUUUUUCCUUCCAGGCCGAUGGGAACAGAACCUGGAUCCACCAACAGACUCAAAACCAGCAUUAGGGGGCACGAAGAGAUUAAAAACUACAACAAGGAUCAAAACAACCAAAGAUUGAAAACUAUUAUAAAAAAAAUUAAAGAUAAUAAUAAAAGAAGACACAAAACCACUCCAACGUCAGAAAAUCCCCUCAGUGAUACUCAAAACCACCGUAAACACAUGAAAAAUCUCUACGAAAGAACCAAAAACAACCAAAAAAAUCUGAGAUGGAAAAAGCCACAAGAAGAUUCAAAGCAGCAACAAAAUGACUCAAAUCCAUCAUAAAACCACCAGAAUCAGCUGAAACAACCACAUGCAGAUUAAACAACAAAGACGCACAAAACCUCCAGGAAGACGCACAAAAUAGCAACCGCACAUCAUAACCAACCAACCACCUGCAGAUUUAAAGACUCAAAACCACUAAAAAAAAUAACGAAGAUAAUAAAAAAUACCACAUAGAAAUGGAAAACAAUCACAGAAAGAUGCAACACAACCAGAAAGAGAUGUAAUGUAUCUACAAAAAACAAUAUAUAAGCAUAUAUUAAAAUAGAUACACAUUAAUACAUAUUAUAUUAAAACAUAUAUUAAAAAGACAAAUCAACCACAAAUACUUUAAGCGACUACAAUCACUCAAAACCACCAAAAAAGAACUCAAAGUCAUCACAAAGACACGCACAACCACUAGAAAUGUAACUCAACAUCAACAGAGAAAGACUAAUAAUCAACACAAGACAAGAUGGAGAUUCAACGUGAUCAUAAAGGGACAAAAAAACUACAAAACAAUCAAAAUCGACCCCAAAAAGAGACAAAACUACCAUAAAUUGACCAAAAACAACCACAUAGAGAUGCAUGAAAAUCACAGAAAGACACAACACCACAACAAAGAGAUGAAGAGUAACAACGUAAAAAUCCAAAACAAUCACAAAAAGAUUAUGAGCUGCUACAAAGACUCAAAACUGUCACAAAAACAUGCAAAAAGACACAAAAUGACCAUAAAUAUAUCAAAAAACAACCACAAAAAGACUGUAAGACACCUAGAAUCAAUGCAGAAAGACUCAAACACAUCAUAAAGUCAUACAAAACCACUAGAAAAAUAUUUAAAAUGAUCAUAAAGGGAGAAAACAACAAUAAAACAAUCAGAAAAACUCAAAAUCGCCCCAAAAAAGACACAAAAUGACCAAAAAUUUAUCAAAAACAACCACAAAAAGACUAUGAUCAACUACAAUCACUCAAAAUCAGUCACAGUCACAGAAAGAAUCUAAAUCAUCACAAAGACACACACAACCACCAGAAAGAGAUUCAAAAUGACCAUGAACAUUUUUCUAACCUGUGGUUCAGAACGAGUUCAGGACUCAGACACUGAAACUGGAUCAAAGUUAAUGGUGAUGACGAACUUCAUGUCCUUGUUCUUCUCGCUCCUCAUUGGUCCAGAUAUAAAGACUGAGUGUGUUUGACUUGUGUUUUUUCUUAUCUCUUUAAAGUCGACAGAAGUUGGUUUGACUGAAGCCUCCAGUUGUGUUUUCAUGUGUACGAUACGACUCGACUUUUGUACAGUAUUAGCUCAAACAUAAACCAAUAUUCUCGCUUGCUGUUUUAAAGUCCAACUGAAAUGAAAUGACGUGCAUUUUUUUUUAUUCUGCAACAAAUUUUUAUCUGAAGAUUUUUAUUGGACGUCUUAACUUUGCCAUAAAAAUAUUAUACUCUGCAAAACGGGACGUUAUUUGAAAGGAACUGAAAAAUAAAUAAUAUGUGUAUCAAUAUAUAUAUAUACACACAUUUAUUUAUACGUGUAAAUAAUAUGAUGCAUUAAUCUCAAAAAGAUGAAUUUUUAUGAAAAAUAAAUUGUAAAAUAAAAUAAAUAAAACAAA